GGCAUCUUUUCCGGGAAGAGGAGUCCUUUUGCAGGUGGCUUUCGGCAUCUGCUAGUUGGGCCCUCACCCAUUUGCAAAGGAAAGACCGCCUGCUUCUUCCGUGGAGUCCGUCCCCCUGUCUCAGCGCUAUCUCGGUCCUCUGUCUUGUCUUGCCUGGGCGCUUCCCUUCCUUUGCAGUCCUCCGUUCUCUGUGCAACUCUCCGCAGCUACGCAACGCUCGUUAAGCCUUUCAAGUCCCUGAGGUUCAACGGAGAAGAUGGCGAUACCCACCCCGAUAUUCGCCGCAGACACGUGCCGCUCCGGCAGCAGUGCCGAGGAGCACCUGCUGCAGACGGUCAUCUGCUGCCUGCUGGUGUUUCUGCCCUUCCUCAUGCCCAAAUCGGCUGUCGACCGGCUUUUCCAGAUGCCCGCCAUCGGAAUGGCCUGGCUGACCUUUAUCUACGGAUUCGCUGAUGGGUUCUGCAAUGAUCUCGUUGGCUUCUGCUCUGCGGCCAGGCGACUCAUGGCACCCACUGGCAAGGCCAAGAAACACAAAGCCUCGCGAAAGGGCAAGAACGCGACGAAGAACCCUCCCUCCGCCACGACGUCGAGCCAAGGUCGCCCCACAGAGAUCAAAGCGGGCUCAUUCACUCUCAUCUCAGCUGUUUCUGGCAUCCUCCGAGCGCCUCUGGCUGCUCUGUACGUCUUCCGACUUCCCUUCGUCGGCCUGUAUGCCCUCGUCUCUCGUCGUGCCGCCAAGCCAGCAACUUCCCCCCCUGAGUCGACAGCAUCGCUCGCCAGCCGUCCCGGAGACGACAACACGACCACACGCGGCGGCAAGGGCAGGGCCCGCAGCAGCAAGAAGCAGGCAAGCCGAGUUCCCAAGGCCGCCAGCCCCCCCGUGAGCGGCGGCAAAGACACCAAGAAGGAUCAAGGGGCGAAGAAGGUCAAGGCCAAGACACCGGAGGAGAAGAAAGAGCUGGCCCCUGUGGGUGAGGACAAGGGCUGGCAGAAAGUGGGCGGCAACCACAAGGUCAAGAACACUCGACCCGAGCUGGCCACCCGCAGCAAGGCCACGACAGCCACGGCGACCGAGCGGCCGUCCAACAGGUCGUCGGAAAGCCAGACGGAGAGCUCAUUCGGCGGCCUCUCACCGCCCGAGAAGCACGCCACCCCGGGCAAAGACACCGCCGCCAUGUCUCCCCCCCUGCCAGGCCCCCGCACCCAAGGCAACGAAGCGAACGGGAAAGAGGCCAAAUCGGGCAAGGCUGUGGCCAAACAGGAUGGACCCAUCAAGGAGGGCAUGAAAGCGGGCAGCCAGCCGCAGCCGCAGCCGCAGCAGCAGCAGCAGCAGUCGGGGAAGCCCCCCGUGGCUGCCGCUGUGGGUUCCCCUGGGCGUGUGGCGUAUGACCUGCAUAAGGUGUGUGUAGGUGCUGGUGAGUAUGAGUUCCCGCGGCGGGGGGGCGGGAUCACCGCCGAGACGAUUCAGAAUAUUCGCGCGAGUAUCGCUAUGAAGGCUGACCUCAAGGACCUGCUGAUCAAGGCCGAAGCUGCCGAAUACGAGGCAUCGCUCGGUCAGGCGAAGCACGCACGACACGACACGAGACGAGGCAUGUCUCUCUCUCUCUCUCUCUCUCUGUGGCUGUGUUCCGCAGUGCGUGAGAAGCUAACGUAUGAAGGCAUUGUCCAGGGUUUGGUGAGUGAGCAGAAGCUGAAGGACCUGGCCAUCCCCCUGGGGCCCCGCAAGCGCAUCCUCUACUUCGCCGGCGUCAUCCCCGGCAACACCAUGUUCCGCCGAUGAACACAUACAUCAAAACUCACAGACACACACAGAAAGGCACACUAUAUCGACGUGGAUUGAGGUGGUGUGUGAACGACAAGUGUGAGAGGAGGUAGUUGUACCAUAGAUGGCGACGGUGUUUCAAGGGAGGGAGAGUGCGUUGGUUGAGAGAGAGAGAGAGCUGUCGAUCGGGGACGUCGUCUGUCGUCUCGUGGGGGUGUACCAGCAGUGGGUGCCAGUGGAUGGAUGGAUGGAGCGGCCGUCACACACGCCUGGAUGGAUGGAUGGCUGGACGAGAAACAGACACGAACGAUGACGGAUGGAUGGAUCGACGGACAUACUUUUUCAACGAACAUUCCUUCCUUCCUUCAACAAUUGCA